ACAGACACAGACCUGAGGAGGACCACGGCAGUUCCUGAGCGUCACAGCUGGAGGGUGAAGGGUAAGCAAAUUUAAAAAAACAAACAAAAAAAACAGCGAGGUAUGGCGGACACAGACCCUGGCUCGGCUGCUUUGUUUUCGGAGCGGAGACGUUUGUGAGAACCGCAAAAACACAAGAGCGGAAGUUGCUGAACCCAAAGAGUCGGAGCGUUCAUUUAUCCGUCGGCCCAGUGCAGGAAGGAGAGAAGACGGAGCUUGGGUCUGCAAUUCAGAAAAAAAAGGUGCCAUGAGCAGCGAGCUGAACGUGCCCAUGGGUUCCCCGGCCCCCGGAGCCUCGGAGCAGGUCCCGGACAGCGGCGGGAUGGACUACAGGGACUGGGUCCGGCGCAGUUACCUGGAGCUGGUCAGCUCCAACCACCACUCGGUGCAGGCCCUGUCCUGGAGGAAGCUCUACCUGAGCCGCGCCAAGCUGAAGGCGUCCAGCAGGACCUCCGCUCUGCUCUCUGGGUUUGCAAUGGUGGCCAUGGUGGAAGUGCAGCUGGAGACGCACUACAAUUACCCCCGCGUGCUCCUCAUCGCCUUCAGCGUGUGCACCACGGUGCUGGUGGCGGUGCACCUCUUCGCCCUGCUCAUCAGCACCUGCAUCCUGCCCAACGUGGAGGCCGUCAGCAACAUCCACAACCUCAACUCGGUCAGCGAGUCGCCCCACGAACGCAUGCACCACUACAUCGAGCUGGCCUGGGGUUUCUCCACGGCCCUGGGCAUCCUGCUCUUCCUGGCGGAGGUCGUGCUCCUGUGCUGGAUCAAGUUCCUGCCCGUGGACUCGGAGCAGAAGAAGCCGACGGCGACGCCGCCGCCGGCCCAGAACAGCGGCUGGCAGGCCGCGCUGGCCUCCACCAUCAUCAUGGUCCCCGUGGGGAUCAUCUUCGUGGUGUUCACCAUUCACUUCUACCGCUCCCUGGUGCGCCACAAGACGGAGCGCCACCACCAGGAGAUCGAGGAACUGCACAAGAUCAAGGUGCAGCUGGACGGUCACGAGAGGGGCCUUCAGGCCGUGUGAAAGCGCGACGGCGGCUCCACAGACUUCCCUUCGUGUCACAUAUUUAUCAAACCUUCUCUACCUUUUGUUCCGGUCAUUGUCGAUGCCUCGGACUUGUGAGCGGUCAUUUAAAAAAAAGCUCGUCACAUACAGACAGCCGAAACCUGUCGAACUGCUAAUUUAUUCUUAAAGUCGUGGUCUAAGGUUUGUGCGGUAACUUAAUGCGUGGUUUAGAGCUGUAGUCUUUGUCGGUCAAGGAUGAUGUGAAAAAAGGUUUACAGAAAAAUAAAAGGGCUAUUAUGUUCCGCGUGCCAUCGUUGGAAGCGUUGGUGGCGAUAGUGAUUCCGUUUUGGAUGUUUUGCCGUGUCGGCCCAAUGCCCGCAUACACCCUGAAGCUAACAAAUGGCUUUUUUGAAUCUCCUCUCUCGCCCCUGAAGUUCAGAUCGUUUGUCGACGUCCGUUCUGCGCUCCGACGCAUGGCGCGAUCACAAACAAUAAAAAGCCACAAGUUCCAUUAAGCUUUUAUAACAGCUUUUUUCUACAAGGAAAAAAAUGUUGCAGAUUUCUUAUUUUUUGUUGUUUUUUUUUUUUAAGCCAUGUUUGCGUUCACCUAUACUAGAAGAAAUGGUUGGACUUAACGUUAAUGCCCAACGUAACUCGCCGUUAAAUAAGCUUCUGUGCUUAGCCAAAAAAAAAAGAUGUUUGUUAAAGAAGGAGCUACUCUGCAGUCUUAAAUCAAACUGAAAUUCACAUUGUGUCAGUGAUUUAAGUUUGAAAAAAUAUAUAUAUUUGUGCCAACGUUUGACGACUACAGCUUUUUGUGGCUUCACGUUUGUUUGCCAGCAGCCAACAAACAUUCAGACUCGCAAAUAUAAAAUUAUCCCACAAGAGAUUUGUCAUAUUUGUUGAGCUGAUUCAAUACUUGAUUCAGAUUAGAUUUAAAAAAAAAAAAAAAAAAACCCUGGUUGUUUUAAGGCCGCGUAUCUCAUUGCAAACAACUUGGUGUGUGUUUCUCUCUGUUCUGACUGAUUUAAGGGUAUUUCUGUUUGUGCGUGUGGUGCAGCAUGGUGAGUAAAUGUUGCUAUGUCUUAAGGAAACGGUUGCGUUGUUAAAUAUUGACAUUGUUGUGUUUUUUGCAUCCAGAACUUUUGCAGCGGCCCCAAGUGUUCUGUCAUUUUCUUUUCCUUCCUCCCCUCCUUCCGGUCUUCAAAUAGCUUUUACUGUCUGUUACUGUGACCUGGAGCCUGUGUAAAAGGCGUCAAACCAGUGAAUCCUGCAAACUGAUGCUGCUUAAAUAUGAAUGUGUUUACUGUCUAAAUAUAGUUCUGCCUUACAGAAUUAUUGCCUUUUAAGGACUGCCGUUUUCGCUAAAGGUCAUAAUAACACAAGCACAUCUCUUGAUGGAAAUGUCCAAAAUGGCGGAAAGAAAGGUCAAAAUGAAUUUGAGUACUGUGACCUCCAGUUUUAAUGUACGAAACGCUGGAGAAGUGCGGGUUCCUUAGAGACGAGGUCAGAUUUCGUUACUGUGUCUUAAGGACGGAAAAUGUACAAACUUGAUACCACAUUCCAAAUAAGAUGACCGACCAAAGUGUUGCUCAGUUAUAUUUCUCGUUGUUACUUUCUUCUCAGACAAAAAGUGCACUUGUAGUUUAGCCGUACGCUGAGCGAGUGUCAGGUUCUUAUCGGAUGAUGUCUUCGCUUUGUCUCGUGUCUUUUUAUUUGUGCUUCUCAAAUGAUAAACUGCAGAGGUCACGGAGACCCGUGUCGGAAGACGACAGACUUCCAAAAUAAAAUAAAAAAAUGAAAGUA